AAAACAGCGUUGCUUGCCUAAGAAUUGGUGCGACUGAUCGAUCGACCGCGUCGUCGGCGCGUGUUUAUCAUGUUUAAUUAGCUCAGACGCCCCUAAUAAAACAAGUUAAAACCAAAGUUCGAUAAAAAUUCAAAUAUACAGUGAGAUUGUAAAUAAAUAAACUCAUAAACCACAGUUUGGCAGCUAAUGGUACGACAGUUUUAUUUGCCAAACAGCAAAGUUGAAUUGUUUCAUAACCACAGAAACGUCUAAUAUCAAAAACUGCAAACUAAACAUGUCCAACGCUUUACAAAACCCCGUUGACAUUGUGUCGCUGGCGCGCAAUAGUUCGGACUCGCAUAUCGAGCGUUUAAACGCGCAGAAAAAUGAGUCCAAACUGUUUCUCAUCAAGUCGUACAGCUUCAUCGAUAAAUCACUAAAAAGUCAUGCGUUGCCGCAGAAGUCUAAGCAACGCGCAGAAAAUUUUACUAGUUUCCGCCAUAUAGACGCGCUGCUACUCCACGCUGCGACCGCAAAACCGCCAGCAAGUGCCAAAAAUGAACAAAAUAAAACAAAUGCGAAAGCGAAAGCGCAAAAAUGCAAAGCGCAUAAGACCGAUUCAGACGAGGACGAGGAUUUACGUGCCUUGCUGCGACAUCCCUCCGUCAUUAUGGAGGGUGUGGAGAGUGAAAUGCAUGUGCGUCCGAAAUCGAUGCCAAGUGCGGCAAUGACGAACACGCGGCCGCCACCAGACCCGGCGGCGUCACCGCCGCCUACAGGGAAAUCGAACAAAUCCAAACAAAAUGACUUCAAACGCGAGUCAUUCUUGCGUCACAGUCUGCAAUCGAUACGCCGCAGCUUCAGCUCGCAUAAGAAGUUUGCCGGUUUCGGGCAUAAUGCCACAAAUGCCAACGCAACUAACAAAGCAGCGCGUGCGGAGGCAACUAAAACUUGCUCAUCCUCAUCUUCAUCAUCAUCAUCAUCAACGACAUCAACCACCUCCUCCACCACCUCGACAGCGUCGGCGGCCUCCAGACAUUCGGGCAGCAACGGUAUAGCGUGUAGUAAAAGUGAAAAAGUUGGCAUUAUUAUUAAGCUGAAUGACAAUACCGCCUGUUGGGCGGACGGAACAGGCGAAAUUGGCUGCUGUGAUAUCGGGAGUGUUGGUAGUCAACGCAAGUUAAGGGCGCGGGGGAAGGAAUUGUGUGCAAGCGUCAGUACGUUUGCUACAACUCCCAACGAUUCUACUUCCAUGGCACCAUUGCAAAGGCACGCUGAAACGCAGAGUGUCACAAUAUUAAACUUGCAGGACAAAGAAACCUCGCCGAACAGCAGCAAUUCGAGCAGCUCAAGCAGAACACAGCUGACGCAGAAGCAAAAGCAACAACAACAUAAACGGCAGAGCUCCAAUCAAAGCGAUAAUUACAACACAGCCUAUUCGACAACGUCGGACAGUUCAACGCAGAAUCUGAACAAUUAUCGUGUCGACGUCAGGUCUUUGAACACCAUAGCGCCGAUCGGUUCCACUGCCAGCACACGCAGCCUCAGCCCAACGUCCCGUAAGAGUGCCACCAACACCACGGCGAAGCAUGAGCAAUCGACAGCGGCAGCAACAGCUGCUGCCGCCGCUACAACAGCGGUGCCUGCCGAGAAGGAGAAGAAGCGCAAAGAGGUCUCCAGUUCGCGUGUGAAGAAAUUCCAUCGACACUUUACGCAGGUCUCCAAAGAUGAGAAGCUCAUCAAUUAUUUUUCUUGUGCACUUGUUAGUGACAUACUGCUGCAAGGACAUCUUUAUAUAACAGAUCAGCAUUUUGCAUUCUAUUCAAAUGUGUUUGGUUAUGUUACCAAGGUUGUCAUACCCACGUCGUCCGUCACGAAGAUCUCCAAGGAGAAGUUGGCGAAAAUUAUACCGAACGCCGUGGGUGUUGCCACCGCCGAUGAGCGGCAUGUCUUCGGUAGUUUUAUGAGCCGCGAGGCAGCCUUCCGUCUAAUGUGCAGCGUUUGCCCGCCAUUAGCACCUAUUGAAAAUCUUCCAAAAGCACCCGCAGACAUUGAAAUUUCCGAAGAAUACUCAAUUGAGGAUGACAGCAGUUGUUCGAUUAGCGGCAAUGAGAGUCCACCGCAAGCUCUAGUUGCAGCAGUCAUCGCCAACGCUGGCGAAAUCGAUGAAAUUGGCCAAACGCUGAUACAACGCAAUGUAGCUGGCUCCAGUGUGAGCAUUGCCGAUGGCACUGCAGCAGCAAAUGAAAACCAUCGACAUUCCGAUAUUCCAACAGAUGCCAAACAAGCCGGCGCUUUCUCCAACACAAAUAUGCGCGCAUCAGCGCCACCCUCGGCACGCUACAACUCCAACCACGGCAAAACUGCCAGCGGCGCAGACGGUACACCGAUUGCAAAUGCUAGCAGUAGUGACGGCAUGCCGACCGCCGGUAUUGCGCUAAUUGUGACCGGCACCAAUACGUCGGGCUCAUCGUCGCCCACACCGUCAACAUCUUCUUCGCUGCCAAUCACAGUGAUGGGCAGCACACCUAAGUCAGCAGCGCAUGCGGCUGUGUCGAGCUUCAAGACGCUGACACAGAAGGCGCUGCUGCGCUUGAAAUUCCCCAAGGAAUUACAUGUCGUUUACUUAGGUGUGCUGCUCACUAUGGUGCUGGCGCUAUUCUCUGUUUUUCUGCUCUAUCGAAUACUGGACAUUGAGGCCAAAACGAGUGCAUACCGCUCGCCAAAUGAAUUCAAUUGGCGCGCCGGCACCGAUGACGAUAUAUUUGCGGAGGCUUUGCGUUGGCAAAAAGAGCUGCAAGCCAAAAGCACCGAAGAAGCUCAAGAUAUACUUACACACAAUUUAGAGCAGAUUGCCAAGGUGCGUCGCAGCCUAGAAACACUCUCAAUGUUAAUCCAUGACAGAAGCUCAGCUCAUGAACAGCGCGACGAAAGUGACUGAAUUUAUAUUUUUAAAUAAUUUUAAUUACAAUUUAACCGUAAAAGGAAAGGGUACAAGCCUUUCACACACAUACAAACAUACUACAUAGUUACACAAUACUUUUAAGCAGAUAAACUACGAUUAAAUUGAAGCAGUUAUACUUACUAUAAUGAAAUAAAUUCAAAAUAAGCACUACAUACAAACAUAAAAGAAGAAGAAGCAGCACUUGGAAACAUUAAGUGAAAAAGUUCGAAGAAAAUGCGGCAACGCAGCGCUCAAAAGCAGUUACAUACACAAAGAAUGAAUGAAAAAUGAAAAGUAAGUCCCUAAACAAACAUACAUACGUACACACAUAUGUGUUUAAGGCAAAUACCGUUGGAAAAAUUGCGAAGCAUGUAAAUGUAUGUAUUCCUUUUGAAAUGUGCAUUCUGUCAAUUUGACAUUUGUAGUUUUGAAUAUUUUCGCUAAUCACUUCUUUGCAUGUGGCUGUGCGCUCAAGUCAAUUUUUAUAUGGUUCCUAUUAACGGUUAAAGUAAUUUUUUGGUAUUGUAGUCAUGCUGAUGUGCCAAAGAUAUUUAGAAAUGAUAUCUGUACUGCAAAGAACCGCCAGUUGGGGAGCAAAAUUGUAUUUUCAGCAUUUUACACCUUUCAAAAGGAACUUAUAUUUACAUUUGUACAAUUUAAGCCACGACAAAAUGGAAAAAUGUGAAAAAUCGGCCAAAAUAACGCUUCAAUUGGUUACCUUCCGGCGGCCUAAUGUUGGGCAUCGAAACUAAAAAUUUAACUUAAAUAUUUUGCCGUACCCCAAAAAGCAAAAAAAAACUAAAUAAAAUAAUAAAAACUGUUGCGCUGCGCUAUUGUCUGCAAAUAAAUGAAAAAAAAUUAAGCAAGCAUUAACUGUAAACCGCAAAAAUAGUUUAUUAUUACUCAAGCGUUUAAAGCAACUAAGUGUUAAAGUAAAUUAUAUUGUAAAAAUAAGAACAAAAUCUAAAGCGCUGGCGACAAAAACGCAAAAAUAAGUCUUAUAUAUGUUGCAACAACAACAACAACAAAAGUAAAAUGGCAAACGCCGAAAAAAGCAACACUUUCAAUAACAAAACCAGAAGCUGGGACAUGGUGCAAUCUUGGAAACGCCUGUGGUCCGAUGCGCCGCCGCCGCCGCCGCCGCGGCUGUCGCAAUCCACGCGUUACACAAAAUUACUAAUUAUAGUCAAGUUUUCAUGCGCUAACUGGAUCAAAAAAUGUGAGAGUUUCGCGCAUGAGCAUUCAAUUCAAACUUCUUUCGGCGCCUUAACCCUCAUUUACCACACACACACACACGUGAAAAUAGAGAAAAGCUUAAAAUUUGUGAAAUCAUCGCAUGCCAUUUCCCCGCCCGUCUCCUCACACACACAACAUUCGCCUCUAAGCAUAUUUUUAAGCCACUCUCAAUUUGCUAUUUUCCGCCUGGCAAGCUUAGGCGCUUAUUCUUCUCUUUUUACACAAACAAAAACAAAAAGAACGAAAGAAAUGCAAGAAAAUCCCUAAAACUUAUUUCGGCAUGGAAGUUGAGAGCGAAAUAUUCCCCUGUGAUACAAAUAAACAUGCAUACAUGCAUACAUACAGACAUACAGACAUGUAUGUAUUGCAUAAUUUUAUUAAGUAAGAAAAUGAAAUUUGCGAUUUAAAGUAAAUCUUAAGUGUAGCUGAAAUAUUUUUACAUUUUUAAUUUAUUACAAAAUUAUGAAAUAAGUUUGCGAAUUUUGUUAGUAUUUCUGGUGAAAACGUCCCGUCAUAAACCAACGUUCGCAGUUAGGAAUUUAUUAGUUGUAAUUACAAAUAUUUCUGGCAAAUUGAAAGCCUAACGGCACCUAGACAACUAAGUAUACAUAUGUAUGUGCAUGUAUUAACGCAUUAUACAAUAUGCUGCAGACACUCUUUCCCUCUGCUUUGCGCUUUCCACUCUAAAAAACAAAAAUAUUCUUAAAUAAUGUGUAUUUAUUAUUGUUGUAAUUAAAUAUAAUUAAAUGUACUUGUGAACUAAAAUAAAAACAAAGUCAGCUACUUCGUGUAAUUUGCAUGUGUUAGUGCAGUGGAAAGCGGAAUAAUAGUUUUUAAGACGAAAUCCAAGUGGAGCGUUUUUGUAUGAUUAAAAGCAACAUAUUACAUAAUAAUUAGAAACAAGAAGAAGCAGCUGGUCCCCAUUCAAAUAUAAUACUUCCAUAAAAGUAAACCUAAAAGUGUGAAAGUAAACUUAAUCAAAAGAAAAGAGAAAAGGAGGUGAAUAUGAAUUUCUGUUUAAAAGAAAUUAAUAGAAUUUAAAAAUACUUCAAAAAUGUAAAAUUAAAAAAAAGAAAUAUUUAAAGAUUUUUGCUAACUUAAUUGGCUUCUAGAUUAGCUGAGUAAGAGAGCCUACAAAUAUGGCAGAGAAAUUGAAAUAAAAAGAAAAAAAAACUUUAAAAAUUAUUACAAAGAAUUCAAAAAUAUAAAUUAAACAAAAAUGAAACACAGAAAUACAUAAAAAUUAUAAACCGACCCAAAGGUUGAUAUGUGGAUCGUAUGUAGCAUACAAGAAAACAUUCAUAAAUAAUCUAAAACAGAA